AUGGCGUCCGACUUCCCCUACGUCAAAAAGAUGACUCCCAAGGAGGGCUACGUCUUCCCUUCCCACCGGCUACAGCGCACAUGCGACGCCGGUCGAGUGCCCCUCGUCCUGGUAGCUUGCGGGUCCUUUAUUGGAGGCUACCUCUCCCCCGUGUCCGACGCCUAUAAGAAGAAGGGUCUAGCACCCGCACAUCACCGAAUUCGAAUGUGCGAAAUCGCCGCCGAAAAUACCUCCAAAUGGCUCAUGGUUGAUCCCUGGGAGGCCGUGAGUCCGACUUAUAUUCCCACUGCCCGCGUCUUGGAUCAUUUCGACUACGAGAUCAAUCAUGUCAUGGGAGGCGUUGAGUGCUCUGACGGCACUCGUAAGCCAGCCAAAAUCGUCUUGCUGGCCGGCGCCGAUUUAAUCCAGACCAUUAGCACCCCGGACAUCUGGGAUGCCCAGGAUGUGGACCAUAUUCUGGGUAACUUUGGCGUCUUUGUCCUGGAACGAACAGGGACCGAACUUGACUCGGCUCUGGCGGCUCUGAAGCCUUGGGAGAAGAAUAUCCACGUCAUUCGACAGGUUGUGACAAACGACAUUUCAAGUACAAAAGUCCGACUUUUACUGAAGCGAGAUAUGAGUAUCGAUUAUUUAAUUCCGGACAAUGUCAUUAAUUAUAUUUACGAACAUAAUCUGUAUCGCGAGCUGGACCUUGCCGCUGGCAGCAAGGGGAAGGAGAAGGCAGAUGGGCGUUUUGUCUUGAAUCCUACUUUGCGUGGUGUGCCCAGUCAGUUACGAACUGAGGCGGAUAUUGGGAGGAGUCGUUUUUUCUCUCCUUGUUUUGUUGUUGUGCCGUGA